AAUCCGCAACGUUCCCAUAUAAAUGCUUCACAUAAACAGCCUCGAAUACACCUCUUAAAUCACCGCGUCUAACGAUAGUCAACCAGUCACCUCCCAACCAUUGUAACACGAACACGUGAGAAGGCGAUUAUCUGUUUUUAUCCACAAUAGUGAGACGCGAUCGAGAAAAUGUUAAAGGCUCUAAUUGCCGCAACGUUUGUGAGCCUAGCGGGCACCGCGCCGACCGACUUGGAUUUCUCGGGGAUAAACAAGUUCGCCCUAAAGCUACUAGACAACACCUACGCAUUCCAAGAGAAUUUUGGAAACAAAAACAUCGCCAUAUCACCUCUAUCAGUAUGGAGUGUUUUUUCCUUACUAGCUGAAGGAUCAGCUGGAGAUACGUUCCAGGAAUUGAUGACAGAACUUCGUCUGCCGACGGAUUUAAGGUCGACACAGGCGAUGCAUAUGGCCUUGAAGAAUAUUCUUAAGAGCAACAACCCUGAUGUGACCUUGAAAGGACAGACUGCAAUGUUCAGUGACUGUUCUCUUGAUAUACAUCCGGAAUUUUGCCAAUCUGCCUUGUCGUACAACACAGAUGUUUACAUUGUCAAUGCCACUGACACCACAAAGCUUGCCAAGGAUAUCAACUACUACAUCUGCCUGGCAACAGACGGCAGAAUCACAAAUGCUGUGCAACCAAGUUUACUUGAUGAUCUAAGGAUGAUUCUUAUUGAUGCUUUGUAUUUCAAAGCCAGUUGGACUUACCCUUUUGAUCCCACACAGACCAAAGAGGAGUCAUUCUACAACUCCCAGGGUAAAACUAUAGGAUCAGUGAACAUGAUGUACCAUAAAGCACCCCAUAGUCUUGGAGAUUCAGUACAAAUCGGAGCACAGAUUUUAGAAAUGACUUACGGGAAGGACGAGCGAUUUUCUAUGCUAAUAUUGUUACCGUUUGAUGGAAUGCCUUUGAAGAAGCUGCUGAACAAUUUGGCAAACCAAAACCUGGAUUGGAUGUCUGAGUUUAAAAUUGGAGGGAAUUUGCCGCAGAUCGAUUGCUACAUUCCACGCUUCAAAAUAUCGUCCCAAACGGAUUUGAUACCGCCUCUGCAGUACACAGGAAUUCAUUCGAUAUUCGACAUUAAGUCAGCGCAAUUACCAGGAGUUUCAGACAGUCCAUUGUAUGUGUCAAAGACAAUACAGAAUGUGGAGAUUGAAGUGACAGAAGAGGGAACAGUGGCUGCGGCCGCGACUGUUGUCGGUUUAGAAGACAGGAUCCUCGGCCAAAGAUUCGAAGCGAACAAAGAAUUCGUGUUCCUCAUCUUAGAUAGAAAAACGAACGUCAUUUUGUUUGAAGGUAUUUAUAGUGAUCCCGCCAUCGUGUAGAUUUAAGUUUAUUCGUAAGUACGUACAAAGUGUUCAUUUUAUAAAUAAGUUUGUAAGUUAUACCUAAUUAAAAAUAAACUUUAAUUUUAUUUAA